AUGGCGUCGCUGCUGGACCUUCCCAUCGAGCUCUUGAUCCUUAUUCUAGAGAAGGUUGGCGGGCGCGAGCUUCGACGAGGAGGAGGAAGUGCACGACUUGCGGUCUGUAGGGUCUGGUAUACGGCAGCUCUACCAAUCUAUACCUCUGGCUUCGCUACCUCACAUGUCAACCUCUAUGGGCACAACAUCGAUACUCUACGCAGCCAGUUCGGCUAUGCCGGCUUCCGUCCCAUCCGGCAUUUGAUGCACAAAAAUACCAGGGAGGUUCGCAUCCAUCUAUUGGGCCAUCCCUGGGACGAAGCCACCGCCCAAGCCGACGAAAUUUGUGAAUACACUACCUGGAAUUCACCGCCUUACAACCGGAAUGAAGAUCCAUCAACGAUUGUAAAAGCCUUGGAUGCGUGGCGAGAUGUUCAGCUCAAGCCCUGCCUUGAUGAACUUUUCUCCGAUCUGCGACGCUUUGAAGCCCUUGAGAGUGUGAUUGUGGAGGCAAGAUCAGAGCCUCGUCAUGAGACAGUCCGAAUACCGCAUCGCGACUACAUGUAUGUGGGUACAAUAUCGAAGCUACUGCUGAACCUGCCUGUCGUCCACAACCUGGUCUCGCUCACUUUGGAUACACAUGGAACGGAAUUGCUGGGUGACGAUCACAUAUGCCACAUGGUCGCAGAUGUGCUACCUCGGAUACGGGACGUACGUUUAAGGAUGACACGGUUAUGUCCAGACAUACUAGGCCUCCGAAACGUGAAAGCAAAAGAUGUGAAGCUCAAAUGCCUCAUCAUCAAACUCCACUCGCCGCAAUCCAUGUCAGAUCAUGCCCACGAGUCUCUCAACGACACACACGGAUCUUUCAUGUGCUCCGGAAAGGCCACACAAACUCAAUUAUUGGACGGAUUGAUCCGUGAAUCGCGUACCCUCAUCACAAAGCUGGACCAUCUUGCAUCAGGUGAGGAACACAGCUCGAAAACGAAGAUUAGAAUCUCCCACGCGCCAAUGAUACUCCCGCGGGUACAAGUGAUCGAUUGCCGUAGCAUGACACAGUAUCUACUGAAAGAUAUAUGGUUUGCUCGCGAGGAUGACGGGAAGCCUCGAUGGUUUGAGAAGGAGGAUGGAGAGAUGCUCGUUUACGGUGGACCUUAUACGUAUGAUUCUUUGAGUUGA